UUCCGGUAGAUGAAAUUGAACUUUCACUUUGUUGGAUGUGUGAAAAAAUGCAACCAAGGUCGAUGGUCCGACGAUAUCUUCUGGUUUUACCAGUUCUGCGUUCUCAAGUUCACUGUAUUCAUAAUGAAUUUAAACAAAGAUCUAAAAAACUGGUAUGUGAUGAGAAGAAAUUGACCAGGACAACAGAGAUAUCAAAACAGAAAUUAUUAACUCCAAGAGUGCCAGGGAUCAGUUUAGAUGGAAGGCCGUAUUCCAAGUCAACAAUUGACGAAGAAGAAAUUAGACGGUUCUCGGCUCUUGCCGACCUUUGGUGGGAUGAAAGUGGAGAGUUUGAGGCAUUACACACGAUGAACGAAUUGCGCAUUCCACUCAUUAGAGAUGGACUGACACAGCAGAAGUUCUCUAGAGGUGACCAGGUGGAUGACGACAGAUACCUGCUGGAGGGUUUCAGGAUCCUGGAUGUCGGAUGUGGAGGGGGGAUCCUUAGUGAGCCUCUAGCAAGACUAGGUGCUGAGGUAACUGGUCUUGAAGCCUGUGAGGAAACGAUUAAAAUAGCUCAGAAUCAUUUACUGCAGAACAGUGACUUAGCUAGCAAGGUGACCUAUGUGAAGUCUACUGUCGAGGAGAUGGCAGAACAAGGUGAAGGACAUUUUGAUUCGGUGGUUGCAUCUGAAGUUGUUGAACAUGUCGCUGAUGUCUCAACAUUUAUCCAUGCUUGCAGUAAAUUAAUAAAGCCAGGUGGGUCCAUGUUUCUGACAACACUCAACAAGACAUACCUGUCAUAUGCUCUUGGAAUUGUUUUUGCUGAGAGAAUAUUAAACUUAGUUCCAGCUGGAACCCAUGAUUGGAACAAGUUCCUCCAACCCCAAGAUCUACAAUAUAUUCUUAACAAAAAUGGAUUUUCCACUCGCCUGCUGCAUGGAAUGUGCUACAACUUCUUAACCAAAAGAUGGUCGUGGACAAAAGACACUAGUAUAAAUUAUUCUCUUCAUGCUGUGUACUCGCCAGACAGCUGAAAUGUUUUUAUACAUGAAAGUUCUCUCUCUUUUUUUUUUUCAAUUUUACAUGGUGACAUUACUUAACAAUAGCAGUCAAUAAAUUCAAGAUUUCUAUCUAAGUAUAGUCUUACAUUUUUUGUUUCUGCAUUCUGACACUGCAUAAAAAUAGCAAUAACAGUUGACAUGUUCCAACAUUUCUAUGCUUGUAAAUUUGCAUGACAAUAGCAGUAAUAAUCAAGAAAUUAUUUUUUGUAUGCUGAGAUUAUAUGACAAUUGCAAUGACAGUCGAUAAAUUCAACAUUUCUGUUUGUGUAAAUUCUCACAUUUCUGGGUUUUGCAUAGUGACAUUACACGGUAAUGGCAAUAACAGUCGAUAAAUUCAACAUUUCUGUUUGUGUAAAUUCUUACAUUUUUUGCUUAUGUAUUGUGAGAUAAUAUGGAAAUUACAAUGACAGUCAAUAAAUUCAACAUUUCUAUGUAUGUAAAUUCUCGUAUGUUGAGGUUUUGCAUUGUGUCAGUAGCCAUGAAUAAAUUCAACAUUUUUAUUGUAAAAAAAAA